AUGCAACAUGAUGAUGUUAUCUGGUCUGUUCUUAAUGGACAAUUUUGUUCAUAUAAACAACAAAAAAGUAAAACACAAAUAUUCUGUGCAAAUGAAUAUAAUUUAACUGGUUUAUGUGAUCGUCGUUCAUGUCCAUUGGCUAAUUCUCAAUAUGCAACUGUUCGAGAAGAAAAAGGUAUUUUAUAUCUUUACAUGAAAGUUGUUGAACGUUCACAUUAUCCAAAAAAACAAUGGGAAAAAGUCAAAUUGCACGAAAGUUAUAUUCGUGCAUUGAAACAAAUCAAUGAACAUUUAAUCUAUUGGCCACGUUUCGUGAGACAUAAAUGUAAACAACGUUUAACUAAACUAACACAAUACAUUAUACGAACACGUCGCUUAAUGUUAAAGAAAACUGCUAAACAAGAAUUAGUACCAAUCAAAAAGAAAGCUGAAAGACGUGAAACUCGCCAUGAAGAAAAAGCAUUUGUUGCAGCUAAUAUUGAUCGUGCUAUUGAAAAUGAACUACUUGAUCGAUUGAAAAAAGGAACUUAUGGAGACACAUAUACAUUUCCAGUUAAUGCAAUUUCAUUGGAUGAAGAAGAUGAUGAAAGUGAAAGUGAAGAUGAAAAGGAAGAAGAAGAAGAAGGUGAAAAUGAACAAGAGAGUGAAGAAGAAGUUGAAUAUGUGGAAGAUUUCGAUGAAAGUGAUGCUGAAGAUAUGGAAGAUAUGGGUGAUGAUGAUGUUGAUGAAGAACUAAUUAAAGCACUUCCACCAUCCAAGAAACGUCGAAUGGAAAUCGAAUAUGAAUCAGUUGAAAUACCUGUUCGAGGUGCUGAACGAGCUGGCGUCAUUUAUUGUUAUGCUACAAGAAAUUCACCUGAUGAUGAAUGGCAUGUCGACAAACUAGAAUUUAAAGCUAGCAAUCAACCUGAACGUUAUCUUUUCUACGAUCGUGAAUUACGACGAAAAUCAAAAUAA